AUGUCAGGCAAGCGUCUGCUCGACGCCAUCCAAUUCCUCAAUGUGUCCAAAACGGUCGCAGCCAAACACCUGGCCAUCCGACAACGCCAGCUAGAUGUCUACACGCGCACAUCCUCCCUGACCAAGGGCAUCAAGGCCCAAACAGAAGGCCUGAUUUUGACCGCUCAAGCCGCCGCAGCAUUGGCACGCCGAUUUGACGAACCUUCGCCACCACCUUCGCCGAGCCCAGCAGACUUCGCCGACAAGUCAACAUCGGCCGAUAAGCCGCCCGCUAGCACUGCAACGUCGCCACCCCCGACCUCGCCCGCAAACUGCAACAUCCCGGCUUCGACGGCAACAUACAGCGGGAAUGAGAAACCAAGCGCUCUAGAUGUGAGCAAGCAGCAGGAUGUCUUCUAUGAGCCAUCGCUUCGGUCGGAGCCGGAUCUCUCGAGCCUGCCAAGAGUGAAGGUACCCAGGGUCGCGGGCGAAGCUCAAGUUGGUAGUGAUGGGUUGAAUGCGGAUGUUUUCCACUCGUCUGUUGAAGCGAGCAAACCUGCUCCGGUCGAGCAGGAGAUGUCCGAAGAGAUGCUCCAAGGUCUUUUCCACAGCCCGAGAGUGUCGCGCAUGAUCUCCGGAAAGCCGCCACCAAAAAGGGACUGGAAGCUGGCCGCGAAGCCUCGGCAGUCGGUCCAGGAUGUCGCUAAGCCCGUCUCUACGGUUACUCCAAAAUCCGAGGCACAGGAGAUGGAGGAGCUUGCGGCCAGCGUCGCCGAAGACGUGGUGCCCAGUGACAAGACCGUCAGCGAGGCCAAGGAGCCACAAGUGUACCAAAUGCUAGAGUCGCGUGUACCGUCCUCUCGACUGGGCAGAUUGUGGCAGUACGGUGGUCUGGCGACCUCGAUGGCAUUUGGCGCUGUCGGGGAAAGUUUCCGGCGAGCCACUGGCAGCCAAGACAAUGGCUCGAUUAUGUUCAGUGCUGGUAACAUGGAACGAAUGGUAGCCAAGCUGUCAAAAAUGCGCGGUGCAGCUCUCAAGCUGGGACAGAUGCUGAGCAUCCAAGACUCCAACAUGCUCCCCGAACCAAUUCAGCAAGUCCUCCAACGCGUGCAAGAUCGCGCUGACUACAUGCCCGCCUGGCAGCGCGACAAAGUCCUUACCGACAACCUCGGACCCAACUGGCGCGACCUCUACACCUCCUUCAACGAGAUCCCUAUGGCAGCAGCCUCGAUCGGCCAAGUGCACUCAGCCGUCCUAAAAAGCACCGGCCAACCCGUCGCUGUAAAAAUCCAAUACCCAGGCGUCGCCGACUCAAUCGACAGCGAUCUGAACAACCUCUCCAUUCUUCUAACAGCCUCCCGCCUCCUCCCAAAGGGUCUGUACCUUGACAAAACAAUCGCGAACGCGCGCACCGAACUAGCCUGGGAAUGCGACUACAUCCGUGAAGCCGAAGGCGCCAACCGCUUCCGCGAGCUCUUAGCCGACGACCCAGUCUUCAUCGUCCCGGAGAUAAUCGCCCAUGCCUCUGGCAAACAAGUCCUCACAAUGGAAAUGCUCGACGGCGUAGCCGUAACCAAAGUAACCGACUUCACGCAAGCCCAACGCGACUGGAUCGGCACACAAAUAAUGCGCCUCUGCCUCCGCGAGAUCGCCGAAUUCCACUACAUGCAGACGGACCCGAACUGGACAAACUUCCUAUACAACGCCUCAACGAACAAACUCGAACUCCUCGACUUCGGCGCAUCCCGCGCCUACCCCGAAGAAUUCAUCACAACCUACGUGCGCACACUAAUCGCCGCCUCCCGCAACGACCGCCAAACCUGCCACGACCUCUCCAUCGAGCUUGGAUACCUGACAGGAAUGGAAUCGCAGGCGAUGGUUGACGCGCAUGUGAGCUCGAUCACGACAAUCGCGGAGCCGUUCAUGCUUUCCUCGCCUGAUCUGUAUGACUUCAGUAACCAGACGAUCACGGACCGCGUGCGCGCGCUGAUUCCGGUUAUGAUUCGCGAACGGCUGGCGCCGCCGCCUGAGGAGACGUACUCGCUGCAUCGGAAGUUGAGCGGGGCUUUCUUGCUUUGUGCUAGACUUGGUAGCUCGGUGCCUUGUAAAGCUUUGUUUAUUGAGGCUAUUGAGGCCGCGCGGAAGAAGGGGUUGAAGAUCGAGUAG